UCUCAAGGUCUUACCUGCCCCCCAACAGUCACUGUUCUUACGACUGCAGCUCUGCUCGAACGCAUUGCGCCACUCGCCAUCGUUGACCUCCGCAGCUUCGUUGUCGCCGUAGCAGACUCGCGCCGCUCCCCGUCUGUCACUCUCUCCGAGUCUGAACUCGCUCUCAGGUGCCUUAGCCUUCCUUCCUCCUUCCUCGUACUUAACAGAUGCUGGAGGUUUUUAAGUGACGGAGUAGGAGGAUGAGUGGGUAAGGGUUUGUGAUCCUUGUGGGGGGUGCAGGAAGAGUGGUUUAGGUUUCUUAAUUGUCGGGGGACCUCAAAACUUCAGUUCGAAUAUGGCAUCUUCCAUUUCGUUUAUUGGUUCGUCUUUAGUUCACGGACGCUAUGCUUCUACCUCUACUGCACACUCAAUACCGCUGCAGCAGCUUCACUUUCAUCACCAUCUUCCAGUUAGUUCUCUUAGACCCCAACAAGCAGCACCUCUCUCCUUCUCCUCCUCUGUGCAAGGACUUAGUUCUCAUGCUGUGAUUGAGAAGAAGGGAUGCCCGCCCUUGCUCGCUGUUCGGCAUUUGACAGGUUCCCUCACCCGAAGUGAAGGCCUUCGCUUUGCUGUGGUUGUGGCUCGAUUCAACGAGAUCGUGACUAAGCUGCUGCUUGAAGGGGCCCUGGACACUUUCAAGAAGUAUUCAGUUAAAGAAGAAGAUAUUGAUGUUGUGUGGGUUCCUGGAAGUUUUGAAAUUGGCGUUGUGGCUCAAAAGCUUGGGAAAUCUGGAAAAUAUCACAGUGUCUUAUGUAUUGGGGCUGUGAUAAGGGGUGAUACUUCCCAUUAUGACGCUGUUGCCAAUUCAGUGGCUUCUGGAGUGCUUUCAGCUGGUCUAGGUUCAGGUGUUCCUUGCAUAUUUGGUGUCUUAACGUGUGAUGACAUGGAACAGGCAUUAAAUCGAGCUGGUGGAAAAGCUGGAAAUAAGGGAUCCGAGGCAGCUUUAACUGCUAUUGAGAUGGCGUCUUUGUUCGAGCAUCAUCUUCAAUAAAUUGCGACAUUUCAAGACUUGGAUGUGGAUUGGCUACUCGUGCACUGAUGCAUUUUGCAGAAGCAGUUUGUUGUCGUGAUAGUUUAUAUGAUCCAUGGGGCGGAUUUUAGUUUCGGUAGGUGGGCUGCAGAACUGCAAUCAAUUACUGAAGAAUCAUCUGUAGAGAACUGAUAAUUUUGGACAAUGAUCUGUUUUGUGACCGUGAGGAUGGGUGCAGCUAAUAAGACCAAAUGGUGGGCUCGACUUGUCUGUGAUAUUCUUCUCCUGCCAUUUUAGAUUAUAAUAAGUAGGGGGAUGUUGUAUUAUGUUCUUUAGGUGAGGAUGAUGUAUUACCUUCUAUAACGAUGCCGAGAAGUUUUGGACGAAAGACUGGGCAAUGUUUGUUCUGUUAUGGUAGUGGCUUGAGCAUUUUAACAUUUUAGA